UUCAGUACAGUUGCGAGGCUAUAGCGGCGGCGCGCGGGCUGUACAUUGUACAAGGUACAAAAUGGUCGUAGUGGCCAUAAUACUAGUGACAGCUGUAUUACUGUCGCUACUGCGGCUGAGAUCGCUGCGCAGGCCCCAUGAGCCGCCGAUGUUGCCGGGCGCUCUGCCCUUCAUCGGCCAUGCUCACCACAUGCCGGGAUCUACCGCUAGUUUGUGGGAAAACUUGCAAAAAUUAGGUGACGAAAGCCUCAAAAGAAUGCAUCCUUUUUCAAUCAAAAUUGGGACAACAAAAGUUUAUAUUCUCUCCGAUCCUGACGACUGCUACACGGUGGCGCAGAAUUUUCUGGCGAAGCCGCCAGUUAUGUACGAGUUCACCAAAAACUUACUCGGGGACGGACUGAUAUGUAAUAACCCACCAAUAUGGCAACGACAUCGGAGGUUGAUGAAUCAAAUGUUCAAUCAGCGCGUUCUCGAUGGAUUCAUUCAACUGUUCAACUCCAACGCGAGGGAGCUGGUCCAACGCCUCAGUGCCUAUGAGGGAAAAGGUGACUUCGAUUCCGACCGUUGUGUGAGGGAGACCGUUGUAAAAAAUACAAUUGCAACUCUCACAGGUACGACACGAUACAAUAAGGAAAGACGGCUACAGAUCAUGUUCGAAGCUUUGUAUGUUUUGCCAGAAGUCAUCAUUAAAAGAGUCAAGAAGAUUUGGCUUUACCGUUAUGAUUUUAUAUUCAACUGGUCUACGAUAGGUCGAAGACAACGAGAAGCUAUUAUGGAUGUAUUAGAUGUAACAGAAAUGAUAUUUAAUGAUAAGAAAGUCGAUCUCAAAAAUAAAUCCGAUGGAUUGGCGUCAUCUGAAGCAACAGAUGGCGAACAAAUCGAGUCCUUUCUUGAGCUAUUAAUACAAAAAGAAGAUAAGGGAUUGUCGAGGAAGGAGAUCUUUGACGAAGUUAACACUUUGGUGUUGAGUUCUUUCGAUACCUCCGCGCUGGGGCUGAUCUACGCGCUAGUACGCAUAGGAUCGUAUCCAGAUGUACAACAGCGGCUUUAUGAAGAAAUAAAAGAAAAUAGUUCAUGCAACGAAAUCAAUGAUUUUGUAAUAAGUAAAGUGAAUGUAUCAAAAUUAGUUUACUUAGAGGCGAUAAUAAAGGAGACGCUAAGAAUGCACACCAUCAUACCGAUCAUAUCUAGACAUAUAGACAGAGAUAUUCAAUUAAAAAAUUACACCUUGUACAAAGGUAACGAAUGCUUCAUAUUGGUGAACGCUUUACAUCGGCACUCUCUGUGGGGUGACCCGCUCGAGUUCAGGCCGGAGAGAUGGCUAACCCCGGAUGCCAAUUUUACACACUUAUUCGCCCCCUUUGGUAUUGGAAGGAGGAACUGUAUAGGAAAAGUAUACGCCAUGUUACAAAUGAAAAUUCAACUGGCUCAUAUUCUCAUGAAGUACAGGGUGUACGGAGACCACAGCAAGCUCGUCCACAAAUACGAAUUACUUCUGGAGGCGGCUUCGGGGCACCAUAUUUCUAUAGUCAAAAGAUAAGCAUUGGCGG